UGUGCACACGCGAACAGCAAGGCGGCGGCGCAGACAUACCCGCGUGCGUACACACGAACAUACACAUACACACACACACAUACGCGCGGGCGCGCGCGCGCGCGCGGGCACACACACAUUCACACACAUAUACGCAUACACACAUACACCAGACCGUAUAAACGCGUGCGCGCACGCUCAAACACACACACACACGCGCGGGAGCGCGCGCACGUAAACAUCAUAUACUCUUGUACACGUUCAUGAUAUAUCAGUGGCUCUAUCGCAAGUAGGUGGUAAACAUUACGCGUUGUUUUGUUUUUGCUCUUUCAGUUUUUCAUUUUUGUGUUUUACUUUCCGUUAAUUUCAUGUAUUAACUACCGGUAUUUUUUCCGAUUUAUUUUUCUUUUGUACAUCCGACUUUUAAUUUUUAUAACUUUAUAUCACAAAUAGUAAUGACGGGAAGACGAAUCGUGGUAUUGGCCAGGCAUGGCGAAAGUGAAUGGUCUAAAAACAAUAUUUUCUGUGGAUGGUACGAUUCACUAUUAUCUGAUCGAGGUACGAAUGAAGCUUUAGAAUGUGCUGAAUUAUUAAAACAAUCAAACUAUGAGUUUGAUAGAGCUUACACAUCUUUGUUGACUAGAGCCCACCAAACACUUAACAUAAUCACUGAACACAUUGGUCAGUCAAGUCUACCGGUAGAGGAAUCGUGGAGGUUAAACGAGCGACAUUAUGGAGCUUUGACAGGAUACAAUAAAGCUGAAUUGGCUACAAAAUAUGGCGAAAAACAGGUACAAAUUUGGAGACGAAGUUUUGAUGUCCUUCCACCACCAAUGGAAGCUACCCAUAAAUAUUAUCGAGCCAUUUGGCGUAACCCCAAAAUCGUGGCUCAAUCAUACACUUCAAAUGAAAAAUUUCCUUCUACUGAGUCACUUAAAGAAACCAUGGAGAGAGUAAUACCUUAUUGGGACAAUACUAUUGUACCGAAUAUACAACGAGGACAAAGGAUUUUGAUUGUGGCUCAUGGUACCGUAUUACGAAGUCUCAUCAAGUAUUUAGAUAAUGUAUCUGACAAUGAUAUUUGCUCAAUAAACAUUCCUUCGGGUAUUCCAUUCGUUUAUGAAUUUGAUGAUGACAUGAAAGUCAUAUCUUCGAGGACUUUUUUGGGUGAUAAAAAACGAAUAGAAGAAGGAAUAGCCAGAGCUGCCUCUAUCGGUUCUCAUUAAGCUGCCGAUUUUAAGUUAAUUUUAAAAAAUUUUAAUUUUUUUUUUGUCUGGAUAUUCAGAUAUUUGCUUAUUA